AUGUUCGCCAUGUCAAUGGGACGACCACCCCUAGAGCUCAAUACCAUCAACGAACCAGACUUCACCGAGCAAUUUGAUCCUAUAUUUGGGUGUGCAGGGACUUUAUGGCCACUGAUGCACAAUCUAGCACACAUAAUCAGUCGCUCUCAGACAGGGCAAGACAUGACAGUGCCGGCAAAAGCACUGAAACAUAGCUUACAGACGUGGUCAAUCGAGUCUACCGGCAUAACCGAAGCCUAUUUCGAAACCCUAGUGCAGAUCGCAAACGCAUACAAAUAUUGCGGGCUACUUGCCUUGCGCAUGAUGAAUUUGGAUGCGGCUGCGACAGAUGACAAUGAAAUGUCAUCUGGAAUUGACCUCGAGCAGGAUCUGUACCAAAGCGCGUUUGGAAGCUUGCUCCGAGUUGGUGUGUUAUCGACCACGAUGGCGACCUCGGUUUGGCCCUUGUAUGUUGUUGGCAAGCUGGCCAGGUCUUCGAGUGAUCGCACAGUCAUUCUGCAUAUUUUCUCACAGUGCUCCUUGAUUCAUAAUAUGAAAGUUGUGGAAGGUGCGAAGAAUGCCGUGAUGGCAUACUGGGGAGCGGAUCAUUCGGCUGGGAUAAAUGGCGGGAAUUUGAUUCCUGUAUUGAUUGGAUGA